AUCACUUCCCUGUGUGCGGAGUAAGAGAGCUCUAGCUUACACCUUUUCACUUCAUAUUCAUGGUUGAUCAUUUCCAGAGAGCAAUCCAAGUUCUUGACUUAGCUCUGUCUGUCCCUGUACAGUGAGAACCAUGCUGUACAUAGAGCUGAUCAGGCUGUGGGAUGAGGCAGUGAAGGCAAUAGACAGCCGGGACUGGCAGGGCGCUCUCUCCAAGCUCAACCAGAUAACUGAUCACAACUGUCGCACUCUGUUUGUGGUUGCUUCGACACACAUUGCACUGGGUCGGGUGGACCUGGCCAUCAAGGCAUUAGACCAGGUAAUUGCAAAGGAUCAGUGUCUUGCUGUUGGAUUUUUUCAGAGGGCUGCAGUUCAUAUGAUGGCAAACAGACUGGAGGAGGCAUUGUCUGAUUGUAUAUGGGCUCAGAAAUACAUGAGAGAAAACCCUGUCAUUGACUACAAACAGCUGGGUCUGCGAUAUAAAAUGUACAGUUGGCAGGUUCUUUAUAAUGCAGCAGCAGUUCACUCUAGACUGCAGCAAUGGGACAAAGCCAGAGACACCUUGCAGGCAGCUUCACAGGAGAGAGGAGGGCGGGUCAACCUUAUAGACACAGCUUUAGAAACUAUUUCUAGGAGAGAAGUUUUGGCACCUCUCCUAGUUCCAGAGGGUGAAGUUUUUCGUCCCAGGAAGCAGGAGGUAGAGCAGCUUAAGCCGAGGGACUUUCUGGGUGAAGCCAAGGUCAUCACUUCUUUGAUUCCAAAUGAUGACUUCAGAGGCUUUGAUCCUCUCAGACCACAGAAACCAGGGUACUAUGAGCCAAAGGUAGAAGAAGGCCAGGACUCUCGUUACAUGAUAACGAAGAAUGCAUAUGUGGCAAAGGGGCCAGGGGAUCUAACAGUGCCUGCUGGAGCAGAAGUGUUUGUGUACAGCGAUGAGGACAGAGAUGGACUGGCAAUAGUCAUUUAUGAUGGAAAGAGAGGUCUGGUUCCAAAGAACCUGCUUGAAGCAAGGGGCAAGAAAAACAAGAUUAAAAACAAGCGAACUGAAUUGGCCAGUGGCAUCCCACACCCACCAUCCUUAAAACCCCCGAAUCGACCCCAAGGUCUAUCUCAACCUCCACCAGAGUUGCAUCCUACCAAUGCCAGCGCUGCCCACACAACUCCUCCAAUAAACAUCAACUCCACCCGCAUCCAUUCCCAGCAGGCCCCAACUUCACCUCAGGAGCCUGGAUCUGUCAUUGUCAAGGUGCACUACACAUAUAGCAUGGCUCUAAAAGUUCCUUUAGAAACACCAUUCCGGGACCUGCAGGAGAAAAUUGCUCAGAAAUUAGGACAGCCUGUGACAAACAUUCGCCUCAGACACAAGAAGCAUGGUACCACACUACUGACACCAUUGGAUGGAGAUGAUGGACUGGAUAGCCUUGAGGACGUGGCUGAAACAGGACGUGCCACAAUUUGGUGUCAGACUGAGGACUCUCUAGCCAACAGGACCAUUCUCUAUCAGAUGGUGGCACUGUAUGACUACACUGCACAAGGCCCAGAGGACCUGGAAUUCAGUGAAGGGGACACUAUUGACAUUCUCAGUGAAGUGAAUGAGGAGUGGUUGGAAGGACACACUGCUGGAAAUAUUGGCAUCUUCCCCCGAAGUUUUGCUCAUCGGGAUACAGACAGCAUUAGUAGGGCAUCAACAGAUUGACACAACCCAUGCAGAUCUACAGAUGUCAUAUAAGAAUUGAAUCAAUGGAAACAAUCUUGUAAAUAUCUGCAUAGAAAUUGCUUAAAGGCAACUCUCACUCUUCCUUCUAAAGAAUAUCCAUCUGUUGAAAUGAAUGAUCAAAAGAACUUUUGGGCAUUGGUUUUGAGUGAUUAAAUCAUAUUAAAUAAUGAAAUGUCAGUCAGAUGAUAAGAAAGUUGACAAGAUUGACCUUUGUUCCUCCAUUAGUAUCCUGAUUCAAGAAGGACAAAGAAAAGUCAGCAUAGAGAUUCGAUUAAUGGCACACUUUAUAAUAAUAAAAUAAAAAAAUACAGAUUUAUUUUUCAUCUUUAGUCUACCUUUCUUAGUUACAUUCGUAUUAAAAUAUGGAGUGUCUAUUUGCACUAGGUGUAAAUAGCACCUGCCACACAGCGUGGCUAUUUGCACUCCAAUAGUCUGGUGGAAACACAGAAAUUAAAGACAAACUAUGUUGCCAAGUGUGGCUGCAAUGGUGUAGUGUGUAAAGACAGUGAGGAUUUUUAUACUGACAACCCAGAUUCAAUUCACCUUUUUGUCUCACUUUUUGCCAUUCUGUUUCCUGUCUCCACUCUUAAUAUUUCUUUGAAUACUACUUAUAAUAAUAAAUUAAAAUUACUAUAAAGGUUGAUUUCCUCACAGUGAUUUGGUCACUGUGAAGUUCGUGGAGUUGAGACAAAUAUUUUAUCCAGAUAAAAUAAACCAUGUUUUUACUAUAGUAAUAUUGUAGUAACCAUGUUUUUUGGCAGAAGCCAAUUGGAAUUAACCAUGGUUUUGCUACAGUAAUAUGGUGUUAAUUUAGUAAUAAUAUUUAAUUUAGUGGUUAUUAUGAUUUUUCUACAAAAUACUACGGUGAUACUAUGGUUACUGUAGUAAAAACUGUCAUUAAUUUUUGGAGAGUAAGUUUAGGGUUAGGUUUAGGUGUUGGGGUUGGUGUAGGGUGUCUGUGGGACUCUAAAUAAACACACUGCAGUGAUGCCCCUAUACUGUAUGUUAGUAGGGGUGCAAAUAGUAUCUGCCAUCAGCAUCUAAAACUGUUUGCACUUAGUACAAAGAAGAUGCUUUUUGUUGCUAAUAACAGUUAUUUUAAAUAGCAUCUAUCCCUAUUAGUCACAAAUAGCCGCUCCCUUAAAAAUAUGAUGAAUUUCCCAUUAUAACUGUUCCUUGGUUUACUGUAUAAAUAAGAUUAAAUUUGACCUUGUGUGAUAGAGAUUACAGCUACUCUCUUUAAGUGCUCUUAAAUGGAAAGUAGUAGCAUUUGGGAAUUUAAGCUGUCUAAAGUGAAAUAUAUAAUGGUAUCGGAAUGCCUGAAUUCUGUGUGAAUUAAAAACCAACAGGAGUCUUUUGGCUCUCUUUGCAGAGUGACUUCAUUUAGUAUUAAUAGAAAAGGUACUUUCAGGUAUUUUCAGAGAUCACACAACACAGGCCAAAUCCAGAGUUUUAAAUAGUGUUCCAUGGGAUGCCAGCUCUGGUUUACAUCAUUACCACCCACUUCCUCUUAACCUCCAACUGAAACAGUAUCUACCAUACAUAAACUGAACAGCAGUGCAAAAUAAUUAAGUUCAGAAUUUCUGGAAUGAGCAGUCCAUUUGGAGUGCUUUGAGUGUGUAUGCGAAUAGGUAACUGAGUCUGUACUUUAUUUACAGUAUGACUUACAACUGAAGUCAAUUAUGCUCUCCUUUACCAUGCAUAAAGAUGCAAGCAUAAAGAUCAAUGAGCAUCUCUUGUCAAUCUAGACCUAUUAUUUGUUCAUUAAUUGCUGCCAGUAUGGCCUAAUGCCAGGAGCAGUAAUUGCAAAUUAACAAUGAAUUUGACUCAUUUGUCCCAAUGGCAGCACCUUAAAGGGCUGUAAAUCAGUGGGUUGGAGACCAAGAAGGACAAAGAAAAGUCAGCAUAGAGAGUUGGUUUGUGGCACACUUUUUAAUAAUAAUAAUUUAAAAAAAAAACAAAAAAAAAAAAAACAGGUACAGUUUUAUUUUUCAUCUUUAGUCUACCUUUCUUAAUUACUCUUAUAAAAACUGCUAAUUACUUUGUUUUUAUUAAUUUAAUACUUUAAAAUGUUCCUAAAUAUUCUUUCUUAGUUUAUUUCACAGUUUAAUUUUAUUACUCUGUAAACUCACUCUUAUUUCAUAAAAUAAAAUAUACUUAGUCAUAUUUCUUAUUUCAUAUCUUUAACUGAUAUUUUAUUUGUUCAUAUUAUUCGUUUACACCAUGCACUAUUGUAAUUUUACAUUCGUUUUCUUAUUUUGCAUCAUUUCCCAUUGUACAUGCAUGUUGGCUUACAUCUUAUGCUGCUGUGCUGCAAAUGCUUUGGAAUAACAAGUGUACAGGUUUGCCUAUGUCAGUUCAAUAAAGCAUGGU